AGAAGCAGCUCCCAGUAUGAAAGGAAAAGUGGGACUGGAGCAGUGACGUUACACGCUGCUGGAGAGAAGGAGGGAGGACGAGAGGCGGCUGGACUCCAUUAAGCCCACAGCCUGCGGGGGAAAACCUUUGGGGAUACUUCACUUCUCCGGCGACUUCUUCGGGGAUUUCUUUCCGUUUUUCAUUGUCCACGGAAGACGGUCUACAUGAUUUAAAGAAGGAGGCGAGGAGAGGGGCAACUUGUUUUGUUACCGCGUAGUCGACUCUUUUUUUUUUUUUAGUGUUUUCCUUUCCGUCUUUUGUGAAGGAUGGCCCUGGACGGGAUCCGGAUGCCCGACGGCUGCUACGCCGACGGGACGUGGGAGCUGAAGAUGCACGUCACCGACCUCCACAGGGACGUGUCGCUGAGGGUCACUGGGGAAAUCCACAUCGGCGGAGUCAUGCUCAAACUCGUGGAGAAGCUAGACGUGAAGAAGGAUUGGUCCGACCACGCGUUGUGGUGGGAGAAGAAGAAGACGUGGCUGUUGAAGACCCACUGGACGUUGGACAAGUACGGCAUCCAGGCCGACGCCCGGCUGCUGUUCACGCCGCAGCACAAGCUGCUGCGCCUGCAGCUGCCCAACAUGAAGCACAUGAAGGUCAAGGUCAACUUCUCGGACCGCGUCUUCAAGGCUGUCUCCGACAUCUGCAAGACCUUCAAUAUCCGCCACCCAGAGGAGCUAUCUCUGCUGCGUAAGCCCCGUGAUCCCAAGAAGAAGAAGAAAAAGUUGGAGGAGGCGGAGGAGGACGAUCUGGAGCUGCAGGGUCCACUGUUGACCCCCGGAUCAGCCUCUGAGGUAAUAUACAUCGGUCCGGUCAAAGGGAGCAUUUACUCCAGUCCAGGCCUCUACAGUAAGACUAUGACCCCCACCUAUGACUCCAGAGAUGGAAGCCCCCUGUCGCCCACCACUGCCUGGUUUGGGGACAGCCCACUCUCUGAGGGAAACCCCAGCAUCCUCGCGGUCAGCCAGCCAAUUUCCUCUCCGGACAUCUUGGUCAAACUCUACAAGCCCCAGUCCCUGCUGGACAAAGCCAAAAUCAACCAGGGGUGGUUGGACUCAUCCAGGUCUCUGAUGGAGCAGGAUGUAAAGGAGAAUGAGGUGCUGUUGCUGAGGUUUAAAUACCACAGUUUCUUUGACCUCAACCCUAAGUAUGAUGCCAUCCGAGUCAACCAGCUCUACGAACAGUCCAAGUGGGCCAUCCUGCUGGAGGAAAUUGAGUGCACGGAGGAGGAAAUGAUGAUGUUUGCCGCCCUGCAGUACCACAUCAACAAGCUCUCAAUCAUGUCUUCAGACAACCACAUGAACAACAGUGAGAAAGAGGUGGAUGAGGUGGAUGCAGCCCUGUCAGACCUGGAAAUCACUUUGGAGGGAGGGAAGACGUCCAACUCACUGGGUGACAUCACGUCUAUUCCCGAGCUCGCCGACUAUGUCAAAGUCUUUAAACCCAAGAAACUGACACUGAAGGGCUAUAAGCAGUACUGGUGCACAUUCAAGGAUAUCACAAUUUCCUGUUACAAGAGUAAAGAGGAGGCACAUGGGACACCAGCUCACCAAAUGAAUCUUAGAGGUUGUGAGGUAACUCCAGAUGUUAACAUCUCGGGUCAGAAAUUCAACAUCAAGUUGCUAAUCCCGGUGGCCGAUGGCAUGAAUGAGAUCUGGCUUCGGUGUGACAUGGAGAAACAGUACGCCCACUGGAUGGCCGCAUGUCGCCUGGCCUCCAAAGGGAAGACCAUGGCCGACAGCUCUUACAACCUGGAGGUCCAGAACAUUCUGUCCUUCCUCAAGAUGCAGCACAUGAACCCUGACCCUCAGUUCAUUGAGCCAAUCACCACCGAUAUCAACCCAGAAUGCCUGGUGUCCCCGCGCUAUCUGAAGAAGUACAAAAACAAGCAGCCAGGCUCUAUCAGGGACUUGAUUUCAGCCCGGAUCCUUGAAGCCCACCAAAAUGUGGCUCAGAUGAGCCUCAUCGAGGCCAAGAUGCGCUUCAUCCAGGCAUGGCAGUCCCUGCCCGAGUUUGGAAUCACCCAUUUCCUCGCAAAGUUUCAGGGUGGAAAGCGGGACGAACUGAUUGGCAUCACUUAUAACCGUUUGAUCCGGAUGGAUGCGAGCACUGGAGAUGCGAUCAAGACCUGGCGCUUCAGCAACAUGAAACAGUGGAACGUCAACUGGGAGAUCAAGAUGGUGAAGGUGGAAUUUGCCGACGAGCCCUGCCUGUCUUUCAUCUGCGCCGAGGUGGACUGCAAGGUGGUCCACGAGUUCAUCGGAGGCUACAUCUUCCUGUCCACGCGGGCCAAGGACCAGAACGAGUCUCUAGACGAGGAGAUGUUCUACAAGCUGACCAGCGGCUGGAUCUGAGCUGCCCUUAAACCACCAGGGGGCGUCUGUGAGUCAGGCCCCAGGAGGGGGGCGGGGCUACCACCGCGUUUGGGCUCUUCUUUUGUUCUCCUGUUUCUCCGUCUUGUUUGAUUGCUGUGUCGAAGAGUCCAGAGCAGCGCUGCAAUCACGGUAGCGCGCGCCCUUUUCCGUUGUUACAGUUGACGCCGACUAGGUCAUUUUCUUCAUAACGCUGAUGUUGUGGUGAAUGCAGUAAAUCUUCACACCCACCUGAACCGGGGAAGUCCCUCUGUUCUCCUUUGUCCAUCUGCCUUCCUCUCCUCCUGGAACUACCAACUAACGUCCAUGAUACCCUUUAAAGCCAAUCAAACACCACAUGUAAUCCCAAAGAACCCCCCCCCCCUCCCCUCUUUCCCUCUUCUCUUCGGUAUCACUGAUACUUACAGCUAUAUUUAAUUAUUUAUCCUAAGAGACGGACUUCAUGGGAGAGUCUGAUCGUUAGGCCGUCUGUGAGUAGCAGAGGCCACUGAACGCAGCACUACGUGUCCAUCCUGUUCAAUCCCUUUGAAGUCACAUGUAAGCACUUCUACAGUAUACGGUCCUGUUAAUGAAUAAGCUGUUGUUAAAUGUCUUUUUGCUUUGGAUGUGCGUUGUCUUUGCUUCAGAGCGAUUGUCUCCUCUGUGUCGGGUCUCUCUGGAGAGUUGUUGUUGUUGUAUUGGUCGACACGAGUUUUGUUUUGUAUUUAAUGGGCUGUUUAUUGUGAGCAUGUCUGGAAAAACACUACAGUUUGCCGCUGAGGAGGAUGAGUGUCUUGUGGGUUAGAAAAUCUAUUCCGAAUGAUUUGAAACAAACAAAAAAAGAGUAAUCUUAAUAAGUCAUUAGCUCAAGUGUUCAGUGUAUCUGAUGUUACUUGAAAACAAGUUUUUUUUUUAAUAAAUAAAAACGUUUGGGGUUGUUAUGUUGAACCAAGAUAACUAAUGAUCAUGUGUAUUUAAAUUAUCUCAGUUCCUUGUUAUCAAAAAUGUUUGAAGACUCUACAUGUAGCUCUGACUUUUCAAGAUGCCUGUUAUUUCCUGGCUUUGAUGGAAAGAAAACCUGCCAAGACGCAUUGACGAUUUGCUCAACAAGUCUGUUUAUUGCUGCUGUUUUGAGCGCGGCCAGAAGUUGCUAAAAUCUCAACAGAUACAUUUUUUUUUUGAUAAACAUAAAACCCUGAUAAUUGCUAAUUACACUACGCAACAUGAAGAAUCAUUACUUCCUCGUACAAUCUUUACUUUAACUUUAUUCUUGUUUCUCACACCGCAUAGUAUUAUUAUAAUUAUAUCAUUACACACCAGCAAAAGGUCACAGAGUUUGAAGAAUGAAUAUGCAAAGUUUGUUUGUCCUUCUGUCCUCAGUAUGAAGGAUCAGUAAAUGAAGUAUUAUUU